CAUUGUUCUAGUGAAGGUGAUUCAUCCCCACAUCCGUCAUCAGCCGAGGACGAUACUCCCCUUACUGCUUGUGAUACUGAACACGUUCGUGUUACCGCCGCAGGUACAUCACACACGAUGUUGUUGAAAGUCCUUGUGUUGGCAGUACUCGCCAGUCCGGCGUCGGGGUUCAAUUUUACACAAAGCGGAAACUCCUUCAGUGUAUCCCUGAAGGACCUGCUGCUGCUGCAACAGAGCCCCGACUUGCCGUGUGUCUACGUGGGGAAGGUGACAACAGUUUUCAAUGAGUACCUGGGGAAUUUCCACAUCAAACAAUCCACCGACGAAAGGGUGGGUCUGUCUACGUUCCAAUGGACACCAGCCAACAACUCUCUUCUGCUCAGCUAUGCUGAUUUCUGGUUGUCGUUGACAUUCAGCGGCGAUGCCGAUGGUAACGGCUUCAACUUGGACGUGACGGGUAUGAGCAGAAACAUCAAUCAAGUAUGGAUCAGGUUGGUGGCGCCGGUCGGAGAGAGAAUCUACGGGGGAGGAGAACAGUUCUCCUACUUUAACAUGAAGGGACAUGCUUUUCCCAUCUGGACGCGAGAGCAAGGCGUGGGGAGAAAUCUCAGCACCCUGGCCACGUUUUUUGCUAACAACCGUGAUUGCGGUGGCGGGGACUACCACACCACCUACUUCCCUCAACCAACUUUCAUCAGCACACGCAAGUACUACUUUCAUUACACCGGAAGUAACUACGCGAAGCUCGAUUUCAGUAACAAGUUCCACGAGAUCUCGUUUUACGAGACUCCAAUCAGUACAAUGAGGUUUGCUACAGCCUCCUCUAUGAAGAAUCUUGUCAGCGGAUUGAUAUCGAUGUUGGGUAAAGUUCCUGAACUACCGGACUGGAUCUAUGAUGGCGCUGUCAUCGGUGUUCAAGGUGGCACUCAAAAGAUGAUGGAUUAUAUAAAUUUGGCGGAAGCUCAUGGUGUAAAGGUAACUGGCGUAUGGAUACAAGAUUGGUCCGGAACUAUUCACACCUCAUUCGGACAGAGAGUGUUCUGGGACUGGAAGUGGAACCCCGAGAAGUACCCAGGUCUCGACAAGACUAUCAACACACUCAAGGCCCGCGGCAUCCGAGUCUUCGUGUACGUCAACCCGAACCUCAAUGCUAAUGGAACGUUGUUCAAGCAAGCAGACGCUAAGGGCUACUUUAUCCAGAACAAGGAGGGAAAGACGCUGGUGCAGAACUUCGGGGAGUUCUUCUGUGGCACCAUAGACCUGACAAACCCUGCAGCCUUCCAGUGGUACAAGAACGAGAUACUGAUCAAGAAUGUGAUAAACUUUGGGUUUGGUGGCUGGAUGGCCGACUUCGGGGAGUACACCCCAGCGUAUGCCACGUUACACAACGGCACAGCUACGAUGCGGCACAACGAAUGGCCUACCUUGUGGGCCCGAAUGAACCGCGAGGCUCUACAGGAGACGGGCACUGAAGGCGAUAUUGUGUUCUUUAUGAGGGCAGGAUUCACAGGAACAGGGAACUACAGCGUCAUGAUGUGGGCUGGGGACCAGAACGUUGACUUCAGUUAUGCAGAUGGACUCGCCUCCACCAUACCCGCUGCCCUAUCGAUGGGAAUAACGUCACACGGACUCACCCAUUUCGACAUAGGGGGCUACACUACCUCACAGGCAAUGGGACUGGUCCGGACUGAGGAGAGGUUGCUGCGAGGGGCAGAACAUGCAGUGUUUGGGCCCAUGUUCCGAACUCACGAAGGUAACCAACCAACUGCCAAUGUUCAGUUCUACACCAACAAGUGGAUUACUCUCAAGAUAGCCCGUCUCUGUCAAAUGUUCACCCUGUUGAAAAACUACAGCAAAAGUGUUGUCCGCGUGACGUCACAGACAGGAAUCCCUGCUCAGCGCCCUCUAUUCUUAAACUACGAAGAUGACGUAAUGACGUAUGACGUCACUUACCAGUACAUGUACGGAGAUGACCUUUUAGUCGCGCCAGUAUUUUUAGCCAAUCAAACAACGUGGGACGUCUAUCUGCCGAAUGACCCAAGUUCCACAUGGCUCUUCCUUUGGUCUGGCAAGGAAUACCCUGGAUCACAAACGGUCAAGGUCGACGCCCCGGUAGGUCAGCCCCCUGUGUUUUAUAGGAAGAUAUCCCCAUAUGCUUCUGUCUUCCAGCGGAUGGGGAACCUCUCUCUAGUGGUGACCCCAUCCACCCCUAAACCUACUGGCCACCCGAGUCACACGACCACCCACACAACGUGCUCGGCGGGAUUCAUUACAUUUUCAUUCCUGUUAGGACUUUUGUCUUUGUUCUUUGCCCUUAAAGCUCUGUUUUGAAGAUGCCCAUUAGGGGAAAAUAGUUGAUACAUGCGUUGACCCUUUGAGGACGUGCAGAUGCAAUAUAAUCAUGAUCAUAUUGACUAGUCAGGAACGUCUGGUUGUGGGGUCGAAUCUUAAAUAUGACCCUCUUAUGUUUCUUUGUUUGUGAGCACCAUACCGGCGCUACUUUUUUUUGUGUCAAAGUUUUUAUAAUUUUUAAAAUUAUAUUUUAGCAUUUUUGUUAGUUUUCUUAGAGAAAGGACAUUUUUACGUUGUUGCGUCAAGACAUAAUCCUUUCAGAUGGAAGCAAAAGGGUUUGUUCAUUAUAUCCAGAGAACAAUCAUAUUAUGAUGCAACGCCCAAGACAAAAUACAAACAAUCAGUAUUUUGUAUUUAUGCUAUAUAUGAUAUUGCUGAAAAGAUCGAGCAUGUACACCAAUAAAGAAUACGUUAAUAGUCCGGAACCCGUUUACCCGGAAUUUCCACAUUCCGGAUACUUCCGAUAGGAACGCAUCCUUGGAUACAAAGGGUAAAGCCCUGUACCACUGAUUCGUUCAUCCGGAUCAUUCGAUGUGUGUGUAUGUAUGUAUGUAUGUAUGUAUGUAUGUAUGUAUGUAUGUAUGUAUGUAUAUACGGAGUAAUUGGCUGGGAAUGGUAUCGUUAGGGUUAGUGGUACUUAACUGUACUUAAUGUAGCAGUAUUCUGUUUUCCUGAUUGAGCUCUGUCUCAUUUAAUGAUUAUUCGCGCAUGUGUAUCGUUAUUGAGAGAGCUAGAGGGACUACCAUAUGACGAUGAGGGAAAGCGAGGUACCGUGCUUGAAUCUGUAUGUACAUUGAUAUCAAGGUCAUUUGAACGGCUUCGUUCUCAUUGACAUCACUUUUCAGGAAAGGGGGGAUAUUAAUCUAUGUAUUCGCAUACAUAUAUACAGUGAUCCCCCCAAAAGGAGCUCCAGGAAUGAGGGAUUUCCUUAUUAAUGAUGUGAUUGGAGAAACGAAUAAAAACACAAUCCUAACUUUCACACUUUAACAUAGACUUACGACCUAGCGCUAAGACGAUCGUAACUUUCACACUUUAAAAUAGACUUACGAACAAGCGCUAAGAUCACUUUGUGGAACAUGGCUCUGGACGUAGAACGUAAACGGGACUGUUCUGCAAGUUUGCUGUCUGUUCCGUUAUUUCUUUCCAUCAGUAUAUUAUGUAAAUACACGAAAGAACAAAAUCUAAGUAAUCGCCCCAUGCCUUUUAUUUUUCAUAAGAUAACGCUAUUACAUUAAAUGUGUGUUUUUGAUUAACAAAUGACACGAAUGCUUUUAAUUUUUUCAAUAUAUGUACACAGAACACCACAAGACAUCAAUAUUUAACAUGGAAGCAUGCUACACAGGGCAAUGAAUGUAUAACCAAUGUGAAGUAGUGUGUUUUAAUUAUCUAGUUGUUUUUUUUA